AUGUUUUGCGACAGCGGCAAGCCUCCAGACCUCUCAAGUUUUCUUGACCCCUUCUUGAAGGAAAUUCAAGAGAUGACAGCCAACGGCUUCGUUUACAAGGGUUCGUGCCUAACCGUCCAUUUAACAGCCGUCAUAUGCGAUGCUCCUGCAAGGAGCUUUGUUAAGAAGGUCAAGGGCCAUACUGGGUAUCAUGGCUGUGAGAGGUGCUGCCAGAAGGGUCGGCACAUUGAGGGAAGGAUGACAUUCCCGGAACUUGAAGCACCAAAACGAACUGACAAGUCAUUUCGUGACCAAGAGGACCCAUUGCACCACGUGGGUGACUCGCCGUUCACUCUGCUGAAAAAUGAUAUAAUUUCACUUUUCCCCCUAGACUACAUGCAUCUAGUGUGUCUAGGUGUGAUGCGCCGCCUGCUUCAAACGUGGGUUAGGGGGCGUGGAUCGUUGAGGACCACGCAGAAAGAAAAACUCAACAGAAGACUAAAGUCGUGUGCCAAAGUAUUCCCCCGACACUUCCAACGGAAGCCCAGAGGUGUGGACGAGGUCGACCGGUGGAAGGCAACAGAAUUCCGGACCUUCCUCUUGUAUGUUGGACCUGUUGUUCUGAGGGGCCUGCUUCCAGAUCACCAGUACGAACAUUUUCUCUUUUUGCAUGUGGCCAUAAGAAUUCUUGCAUCACCAGCUCACCACGUUGAGCAUAACGCCUAUGCCAGAGACCUGCUUCGUUUUUUUGUGCAGGAGUAUGGCACCGUAGGACUUUACGGAGCACGGUUUUUAACCUACAAUGUACACACAUUGAGCCACCUUGCCGAGGAGUGCCUUGUCCACGGACCGCUUGACGCAUUUAGUGCAUUCCCUUUCGAGAGUUUUCUCGGAAAACUCAAGCCCCUGCUGCGAACACAUAGCAACCCUUUGGCGCAAGUUAGCCGCAGGCUUUCUGAACAUGCGGGAGCAACAUGCUUCUCUGUUGCAAAACGAGUCACCCACACCAUCAACAAAGGAGACUGCUACCUGAUCAGGAAAUCCCCAGUCAUCGUUUUAGAGGUGUCUCAAAGCACGUGCGAAGUUGCUUCAUUAACAAAUGCUAGGAACUUUUUCGAUGUUCCGAUGAAAUCAUCUGCCCUAGACAUUUUUAGAACCGAUGGCCAGGACACUACAGUCAAGAGAUUGCAGAUCUCAGAUGUUCAUGGGUCCCAACAGUGUCUUCUUUUGCCCUCCAAGUCCGGCCAUGUUGCCUUUCCACUCCUCCAUAUGCAGUAACUCCUUAUCUUUCCCUCGUUUGUUGUUUUCGGCUGGCCAGAACUCUCUGCCGGACAUUUGCUGAAACCUGUCGUAGAGGCUGUCGUCGGCUGUCUUGGUGGCU